AUGGAGACACAACCCAUUUCUAGCUUCCAGUUUCCUCCUGGAGUCAGAUUCUAUCCUUCUGACGAAGAGCUCAUCGUUUAUUAUCUCCACAACAAAGUGAAUUCUCGUCCACUGCCAGCUGCUGUUGUAGGUGAAAUCGAGCUUUAUAGCUAUAAUCCUUGGGACUUGCCAAAGAAGGCAUUGUUUGGAGAGGAAGAAUGGUACUUCUUCAGCCCGAGGGACCGGAAGUACCCAAAUGGUGCACGGCCUAACAGGACGGCAGCUUCAGGAUAUUGGAAGGCUACCGGAACUGACAAACCUAUUCUCAGUUGCUCUGGAGCAAGAAUAGGAGUCAAGAAAGCUCUUGUCUUCUACAUCGGAAAACCUCCGAACGGAGUCAAGACGGACUGGAUCAUGAUCGAGUACCGACUUCCUGACACCCAUAAAAGGCCAUCAAGGUCUAAAGGGUCCAUGAGGUUGGAUGACUGGGUCCUAUGCCGGAUUAGACAAAAAGGCAACAUGUCAAAGAAUUCAUGGGAAGUUCCUCAUAGUCCCAUCAAGGUGACGGAGGACACCCCAAACCUCAAGGAACUCCACUCAGCAUACGCAGCAAAAAACGCCUUAGAUAUCUGCUCGAGCUAUUUCCUAUCAAAAGAUUGUCACCUGUUGGCAAAACUGCUUGCUACUCAAGAUUUGCCUCGUAUUGAGACAAAUACAAGAGCAACCUCUUGCAGCAGCAACAUUUCCCAGAACUGCAAGACAGUAUAUGAACAUGGAACAAUCAAGGAGAAUCAAGUGACAAAUUCUUUCUUUCCAAGUUCUUUGAAUCAGCAGGGAAAACCUAUUGAAGAAAUUGGAUAUGGGAACAUCCCUCCAUCCGAGAAAGCCAUGACUAAUCUGAACAAGAAUGAGUUUUUCCUAGCUGGUAAUGUGAAUGGUGCAAGCUUCUAUAAUCAACAACAAUCUCAUGGAGAUAUGUUCAAGCUCAAUUUAUCUAGUGCUAUGAUGACUUUACAGGAGCUUGAUGUGUCUGCAUUUGCGGCAAAAUUGCUGCCGUAA